CACCUUAUUCUGCAACACAUUAAUCUCGUCGUUUUCUGCUUGAAAUGCCGGUGGCUCGUAGAGAGUGUCUUUUACUAUAGUGUGCUUUGCCGUUUUCAUAACUUUCUCUGGGCUACCUGUAUUCCUAUGGUAAUUGCCCACUGAGCAGGUAAAAUCAUUUAACAACCUCUGGAACUGCUCCCUCAUUACUGAGUACUGAUUAUCGUCAAAUCUGAAUUCCUCAAUUUCGCGGCGAAGGACAUUGAACUUCUCUUGGAUCUCUUCUAGCUUCCUUGGAAGCUCCGAUCCAUCUCCGGCAUUCGCCUGGUGGCGCUCAGUCAGGUGAGAUACACCGCUCUUCGAAAGAGCCUGAUGACUAAAAAGUAUCCCCUCAUUUUUCCUUUCACCCAGGACUUCGGGGUGAACUGAUGCAUAAUGAGAGGGAAUAGCGUUUUGUUUCUGAGGUGGAGAUUCCGCUCCCCUCCGCCGCUUGAGGAAUGCCGCCCCCAACGGAGAUUUCUCUUGGAGCGGUGGCGGUUCAAAUGCUUCUCCAUUGCUGAAGACGAUGGGAAGCUCAUCCUUGAUAUCCUCACACGUGCUCGAGGUAUUGUGUGCAUGCUUGCUGACAAGUCUUGAGAACAUAUUCGGCUUCCUAAACAGCCUUUGCUGUCUUGCACCCCAACAGUGCCGUCCCUGACACCUAUGAGUGGAGGUAAUAGGAGGCAGGAAUUCCAAGUCUUGACCGAGACGCAGUGGCCCUUGUUUGUUGUAUUGGCUUGCUGCUCCCAAGCUGGAACUGAUGCGUUUCAAGCUGGAAAACUGAGAAAUAAGAACGUCGUAUCCGCCCGGAAUCUUUGUGCAGUCUGUACACGAAGAUCCUUCAUAAUGAGGUCGAAUCACUUCCUCAAGACCGCAUGCGAACAAGGUUGGAAGAGAGUCGAUGAUUUCGGGCCAGAGUCCUGCCGUAUUCUGUAAAGUGACACUUCUUCCUCUAACUGGAACGCCUCUAACAAUGUCCAUCAGCUCCCAUCCUUGAAUAGAAGGUCUCCCCAAGGUCGAUAUUUUCUUUGCAGCCUUCUGGCAAGCUGCCAAGUGCAAUGGAAUCCACAUGGAUAGCGCAAGAUCUGCGAGCAUACGUCCUUUGGUAAUUGAGAUGUCGCAUCCGCGAACAUGGCUUUCCAGCAAGUCCAAGCACUCCUUCGAAGACUGAUCAACGUAACUAAACAUUAUUCUAAUUGCAAAAAGUUUCUCUUCGGUAAAGGUGGUCUGUAGCUUACUGAGAGGCCAAUGACGUUUUAUAUCCUUCCAUAGAUCUCCGAGCGUGUUAAGGCGCCUCCAAAGUAGAAAGAUUUCCGUGGGAUCUAUUCCUUUCGCGUGGAAAUCAGCUUCCAGUGCACUGUCCGGGAGGUUCUUUGGAUCGCGUCCGAGUUCCAGAUCUUCACUUCGAGCAAGGGCAAUGAAGGCGGCUUCAUCUGCGUCUGAAGUAUAUUCGGCAAACGGCACAUUACUCGGAUCCAAAAUGCCUUUCUCAGUGACACGCAGAUGUAUCAUCUCCAAAGUAGGCUUAACGUGGGCACCAGCCAGGUCUUUCGCGCAGCAGGAUCGUACAGGCAGCAAGUCUGACCUUUU